AUGCCAGGGUACCGCCGCACUCGUGUAAGAUCAAAAAUUGUGACGAUUACUCAAUUACAUCCUAUAAAGUCCAAGUCUUCCUCUCGGCUUCUCACCGCACCUUCGUGUCCUCCCUCACUUGCGUUAGGCAGUGAGUCCUCUUCGUGUCGUUCUCAAGCAGGCAUCGAAGGAGUUACCAACAUGCCUUCCCUUCGUCGAAGCAUGUCCUCACCUUCAGUUCGUUCAUCGCCCUAUCCUUCUCUUUCAUCAGGCAACGUAAGUUCUGUUCGAACUGGAGGAAACGGCCACAGACGCUCUUCUGGCUCCGACAUCGCCAGCAGAAGAGUUUUAGCGGACAUUGAGUGGUGGAGGGUUACCGUUGGCCAGCGCGACUUGGACGCUGAGCAGGAGUUGGAGGACAACAAUCAUACCCAGGAUCAGGUUGACCCUGCCGUGGUUCAACUAGGAGAAGGACAGGUCGAACGGACUGUGACGGGACUCGCUUCGUCGACGGCCCUGCAGUUCAUGUCGCUGUCGUCCGAGGGUUUUUCUAUUUCGCCUAUAGAUGAAUACGGGGUGCUGGCAAUUCCGCCCCAAACACCUCCCCGUCGCCAUUCCCGAGAAGGUUCUGCAUCAUCUCUAGCAUCAACGCCUGAAGUGUUUGAAGGACCCAUCGAGUCGCUCAGACUUGGCAUUGAAGACAUGGGCCUUAAUCACCCGCACUCGGGUCAAUUGUCGCCAACGCCAACCUGGUCUGCUGGCGGCACAUUUGAUGCGCCACCCUCGGGUCGUCCGCGUUCUCAAGCAGAUCUGCUUACUAUCCUCCACGUAGAUGAUCUGGAGGAUUAUGCCGACUUCACCAUCUCACCCCUUUCCUCACUCACGCCAACGAUGUUCAAUUGAACCACACAGACUAAGCAAUUGAAUGCCACGAAUGUCAACGUCCUUGUUACGGUUCACGACAGCGCAGACCAAAUUCGACAUCUGUUCCCUGCUACACGGCUAAUCUUCAGUUAAACACAACAUAUCCACGCGCCAUUUUCUGGCCACAGUCCUCUCCAUGCAACAAUCCUCAUACCUGUAAUCAGUCAACCUUCCCGCAUCCUCCACAUUGUUGUUCUAUAUCCAUUGUCUCAUCAUUCCAUCAUUUCCAAGCUAUCGCCGCCCCGUUGUCCAAUCUACAAAGAUCAUAGCUUGGAAACCCGCCAUACGUAUAUUCAUUUGGUCAUUAGCUGAAAAGGCUCCAACACCGCCGCCACCGCACUCGCGGUCGGUAGUUCCAAGCCCAUUUUCUUUUCUUUUUUAUUUAGUACACUUGCAUCUUUACUUAAAUCUUUACACAAAUUCAUUGGACAGCUAAUGCAUUUUACUUCACUUCAUCUCCGCUUCAUCUUCACGACGCAUUUAUUUUCAUGUUGGUUUCAUUUACGAUCCAGGUUCAAACGCAUUUUUUUUUACUGGCAUACAGUUCAUUCAAUUUGCUACAAAAUACUAGCAUACCAAAAAUUCCUACCCCAGGUUCCUUGUCGCUUUCUCUCGCUCUCUACAUUGUAACGACUAGACAUGCAUCUCAUCUCAAUCUGUUUCUGCCGCAUCUCGCUUCCUGUUCGCAAUUUUUUCUAGUGUGCUUUUUCUUUCACGAUCUGUUACGGUUUUUCGGAAAUUGUUUUACUCGACGUUGUUAGUUACGACAAGAAAUGUACGAUUCAUUUGGUCUGUGCGCCCAUAGUAUAAU